AUGGCAAUGGUUGCGGUGGUGGCAAUGGUUGCGGUGGUGGCAAUGGUUGCGGCGGUGGCAAUGGUUGAAGUUGUUGUGGAAUUGCAGAAAGCGCAAGCGGAAUUAUAUAAAAUUAUGUGA